AUGGCUUUAAGAAGAAAAUGUAAAUUAGAUCUUCAUCAUCUAAUUUCCUAUAUUACGAGUUGGGAAGAGGCUACAAAUGAAAAUAUACAUGUUUCUCUGCUAGAGAUAAAAAGGGAUGAGUUAGAUAAAAGGUGGUCGAAGUUAACAGAGUCAUAUGAUAAUUACAUGUUGGAAGAAGAUAAAGGUGUAACAGAAGACUUCAAAGAUGAUAUCUCGAUUCGAUACGAAGAGGUCAGUAUUAAGUAUGACCAAAUAAAAUCUCAAAUAAUAAAUAUGAUAAAAGAACAAAAUGAAAAUAGUAAUCAAGAAAGGUCAUACAAUAGGGAGUCGAGGUUUAGGUUACCACCAUGUGACAUGCAAAAUUUUGAUGGAGGGGUGUCGAAAUGGCCAGCCUUUAGAGACAUGUCUCAGGCUGUCUGUGCAAACAAAACCGAUAUGGCUCCAGCAGAAAAAUUGUUCUACUUACGCAGUAAAUUAAGGGGGGAAGCAUUUCAAACCAUAAAACAUUUAGAUUUGGUUGAUGAAAAUUUUUCCAUAGCUUGGGAAGCAUUAAAGAACCGUUAUGAGAAUGUUCGUGUUUUGGUUCAUCAACAAAUGAAACAAUUAUUCGGAAUGCCUACUAUACCACAAGAAAAUGCAAAAGCAAUGAGACAUAUGCAAAGUUUAGUGCAUGAUUGCAUAUCAAUCUUGAAAUCAUUUAGCGUAGAUGUAGCUAAUUGCCACCCAUUUCUUAUUUAUUUAUGUUACUCUAAACUUCCUGAUGAAACUGUGCGAGCAUGGGAAACUACUUUAGCGAACCACAAGAUUCUGCCUACUUGGCAACAAAUGAGAUUUUUUAACUAG